UUGCCGAGCCACCUGCACGAGGCGCUGAUCAAACGCACCCAGGGUGAGCGUCUGGCAGGCCAUAUUUCACGCGAUUCGACGGCGAUUGAAGGGCGCGAGAGACCGACCCCGAAGGCGCCGCAGCCGGCCAAGCCGAAGCGGCGGCGCGGGCGUCCGCGCAAGGGCGAGGAGCGUCCCACGGAGCCGCGCCGUCUGGAGCGCCAGCGCAACAUGACCCUGCCGGAGAUGCUCGCCGACUUGCCGUACGCCUGUGACAUUGGCGUCAAGCGCGACGCCAAAGGCUAUCAGACGUCAUGGAGCGGCUACAAGUUGCAUAUUGACGCGGCCGACGGCGCCAUCCCGGUCAGUUGCCUGCUUACCCUCGGCGUCGCUGCACGACAGCCAAGUCGCCAUCCCGCUGGCGACCCUGACGGCGGAGCGAGUCCGCAACCUGUAUGA